AUGAUAAAAAAAGCUACAAAUAUUUUAUGCUUUGAUUAUUAUAUAAUCAAAAAUGACAAAUAUUUAAGAAAGUGGCCAUUAAUUGAAUUCAAAAGAUAUUUACAUUUAGCAAAUAUUUAUUACUCUUUUAUAAAUAAAAAUAAGAAAAUUAAUUCAAAUAUAUAUAAUAUGAAUUGUGUAGAAAUAUAUAAAUAUAGUUGUUUUUUACAAAAAGGGAAUAUUAAUAAUGCAAAUAUUUAUAAAAAGAUUAACAAAAGAGUAGAAAUGAUAUAUAAAUUUUUAACUCCGUCAAAAAUUAUAUUGUUAAUUAGAUUAUAUUUAGAAAAUUCAAAUUUAAAUAUAUAUCGUAAUACUUUUAACUGUCUUAUAGAAGGAACGCUAACAAAGUUAAAUGAAUUUAAUCUGGAUGAAAUAGUUAAAUUGUAUAGUGUAAUUAGUAAGAUAGAGAAUAAUCAAACCAUUGUUUAUCUUUUUAAAUAUUUUAAUAAUCAUUUAAUUAAUAAUUAUACAUAUAUUGAUGUGAAGUCUUUUACAAUAAUUUUAAAUUCUCAUGCAAAAUUAAAAAUUAGAGAUAUUAAAUUAAUAAACAAAUUCUUAAAUAUCAUAUUUCAAAAUAACUUAUCUUUUGAUAUUAUAAAUUAUUCAAUUUUGUUCAAUUCUUUUUAUAAGCUAAGGAUAAUUGAUAACGAUUUCAUAAAUAAAUUAGUUAUGCAAUUUUUAAAUGAGAUAGAUAUUUGGAUUAAAAAUCGACAACAGGCAAAUUUAAAAGAUGAUAAUUGUUCUAAUAAGGAAAAAUUAAUAAUAAAUAAAUUCAUUAAUUAUUACCCUCAUCAUAUUUGUAAUAUUCUGUUGUUUUUUACCAUUUAUAACAUUAAUAAAAUUGCUAACUUUAAUUAUUCAAAAGAAGAUGAAAAUGAAAUAAAUUUCAAUAAUAACAUUUAUAUAAACUUUUUAUUUGAGUUACUAAUUGAAAAAAAAAAUUUAUUAAAGUGUGAAGAAAUUUUAAUUUUAUGUCAAGUUUUAAAAUCUUUUAAGAUAAAAAACAAUAUUUUAACUAAUCACAUAGAAAAGGAAUUAAUAAAUUAUUUUAAUUAUAUAAAAGAAGAAAAAAAACACUUCAAUAAAAUUCAAAAAUUAAAAAAUAUAAAUGAUAUUAUUCUAUUUAAUGAUGAUGCAGUUAUAAAAGUUUUAUUUGAUCUUUGCACGUUUUACAACGAUAUAAAUAUAUAUUAUGAAAGUGUACAAUAUUUUCUUCAAAGAAAGAAAAAAGUUGAUUUUAAUUCAUCUUUAUUAUUAUUAUAUAUAUAUUCAGAAAUAAAUCAUAUUGAUUGUCAAAUGUUUAAUUUAUUAAUUCAUGUUUUAAAUAAAAAUUAUUUGAAAAAUUUCCAAGUAGAAAACAUAUGUCUCUUAAUUAGAUCUUUUUAUAAAUUAAGUCUAAACAAUCAACAUUAUUUCAAAUACAACCAAAUUAAAGAAAAAAAUAUCCGAAAUCAAAAUGAAAAUACAUUAGCCAACGAUAUCAGUAAUCCAAAUGUAGAUAAUUUUUAUAAAGUAUCUAGCUUAAAUAGCUCAAAUAAUUACGAUAAUAAAAAUGUAAUAUGUGAAAAUCUUCAUGAAAAAAAUACACUAGAUGAUAAGGAAAUAGUUUGUUCUAAUGAAUAUUAUUUUACUAAAACUUCUAAAAAUUUAGAUGAUAUAUUUUAUAAAAUUCAUAUGUUAUCUGAUAACGUUUAUUCUAAAUUAGAAAAAGAAUUAUUAGAAAAAAAAAUAGAAUUAAAUGAAUCUAAUAUAAGCCAACUAUGUAAGAUAUUAUAUUACUCGGUUUUUUUAAGAAAAUUAACAUUUCUUAAUAAUGUAAUUAAUAUAUUCAUAAAUAAAGAAGAUAUAAAUGGAUUUAAAAAUAUUUUAAAUAUUUUAUAUUCCUAUUGUUAUGUUAAAAAAAAUUUGUACAUUAAUUUAAAUGAAAUACGUCUUCUAAAAGAAAAUAAAAAUUUUUCAAAAAAAUGUGAUCAUGUGUUAAAAAAUUAUAAUUAUCUAAUAAAUAAAAGAGGUUAUAAUAAUGAACUAAAAAAUAUGAUAUAUUUUAUUUUUAUACAAUGUAAAUUGAAUGAUUACAGUUAUAUUAAUGUAGACUUUAUAAAUGUAUUACUUAACUCUUUUUUUUUAAAUAUACAUUUAUUAUCAAUAUUACUUAAUAGUCUGAUUUGCAAAGAUUUAAAUAUUUUAAUUAAUUUUCCUAAAGAUAAUCAAAGAGAAGAAAUGUCAAAAAUAUAUAAUAUGGAUUUUUGUAAUGAUUUAAAGAAUAACACUCUUAUAUUAAUUAAAAAUGUCGAUAUUUUUUAUGAUAUGAAACUAUAUAAUCAAAUUUUAUUACAAAUUAAUAAACUUAUUUUGAAAUGCCAAAACAUUUAUGAUAUAACACGAAUUUUUAAUUCUUCGUUCAUAUUUUUAAACUAUAUAGAAAAAUGUAAAAAUGAAAAUAAAUUAGAUUAUGAUAUUUUACAAGGAGAAAAAUAUAUACACUCUAUAUUAAAAAAAAUAGAAAAAAAUUUUAUAGAAAAUUAUAGUUUAUAUAAUAAUGAAUAUAUUAUACUAUUAUCAGCUAUAUCUAUAUACAAUAAUAAUUAUUUUUAUAUCCCUUUUUCAUUUUUUUUUGAGUAUUUUAAUUUUUAUGCCUUUAAAAAUUUCAUAUCAUAUUUAAUAUUAUUAAGUAAUGAUGAAGAAAUUAAAUAUAUCUCCAAUUGUAUAUUUUCCAUGAUUAAUUAUUCCAAAUGUAAAAAAUAUAAUAAAAAACAAGAUAUAGAAGAUUUUUAUUCUUUUCAUAUAUCUCAAAUUAUAAAUAAUAUCAAAAACAGUAAUGAUAAUAGCUUAAGUUCCUUUAAAAUCAAUAAUAUAGUGAAUAUAUAUAAAUUAAUGUUAAUUAAUAACGACAUUUUAAAUAAUUCUUUUUUUAAAAAAAUUAAAGAUCUAUAUUUAUUCUCGUUUGAAAUUAAUUCUAUUUUACUGAAUAAUCUUUCAUUAAAUGAAUUAAAUAAUUUUUGCUUGUUACUUGUAAAAAAAAAAGAACCAAAUACAUUUUUAUUUAAAUAUGUUUUAAAAAAGAAUUAUGAAUAUCUGAAUUCAAAAAAUGAAGUAUUAAAUUAUGAUUAUAUUAUUAAUUUAUUAAAUAUUUCUAUAAAUUUAAAAAAAUAUAAUUUUUCAGUAAAUGAUCAAAUUAUAAUUAAUACUAUAUUAAAAAAUGUUGAAAAUUUUAAAACACUACAUCAAAUAAAUACACUUUUACAAAACAUAUAUUUAAUUAAAACUGUAAAUGAUUAUAAUAAUUUAAUAAAAGAAUUAUUUUUUUAUGUUAAGAAAAUAUACAUGAACUAUUUUGUAAAUAAUGAAACAAUCAAUUUAAAUGAAGUUGUGUAUUUGUUAUAUUUAUCAUAUAGUUUUAAUAAUUCUGAAAUUUUUUAUAAUAUGUUUCAAUUAUUUGGAGAAAAAUUUUUUAAAUUAAAAAAAAUUAUUGUUCAUCAGAAGAAAAAAUAUAAUUUUGUAAAUAGUUUAACAAAUACAUUUUUCAUCGCUAAAAAAAUUUAUUCUCUAAAUGAAAAUGCAAAUCUAAAUUUAUACAAUGUUUCAUAUAAAUUUUUAGAAGACAGUAAUUUAAAUGAUGAAUAUAUAAUAUAUAUAGAUGAUGAACCACAUAAAAAUAAUAUAGAAACAAAUAUAAAUGAAGAAAACAAUAUAAUGAAAAAAAAUGCAUUAUUAUCAGAUUCUACAAGUAAACUAAAUAACAUAAAUUGCAAUAAGAUAAUAGAACCACCAAUAAAUUGUGAUGAAAAUAAACAUAUGCAUUAUAAUAUCAACGAAAUAUAUGAAAUAAAGGAUACAAAAAAUGUACUUUAUAUUAAUGAUUACACUUUUAUUAUUUUAUUUUUACUGUUAGACUUAAUUAAAAAUGAAAAAAAAAUUGAAAGUGUAAAAUUUUAUAGUUUUAUUUUUACAGUAUUUAAAGAUUAUAUAUAUUUCUUAAAUAAAGAAGUAAUAAUUGAAUGUUUAUAUAUUUAUUUUUUUUCACAAAUUAAUAAUGAAUUGUCAUACGAAUGUAAAGAAGUUAAGAUGAAGAAUUUUAAUAAUGAUCCUAUUUAUAAUGUAUUAAAUAUUUUAAUAACCUUUAUUCAUAAUUUAGAAAUAUCUUCAGUUUUAAAGUUGUCCUUUAUUUAUAUUAAUUUAUUUUUCUUUUCUCAUAAAAACUGUCAAGUAAAAGAAAAUACUAAAAUUCUUUUUGAACAUAUUAAAAAAAAAAAAAAUUCAAUAGAAAAAAAUAAUAUAUUAUAUGAUCAACUGAAAAAAUAUGAAAAUAUUUAA